GCAACGAUGCAGCUGUUUCUAAUGAAUCCGACGCUGCCGCCACCGCUGCUGCUGCAGCAGCAGCAGCAAAGGUCUCCAUCUCCACCACCACCAGCUCCCCCUCCACUCACCGCCACCAACCACCACCACCAAGCCUUCCAGUCCUUCGGCGAGGCAUCAUUCAGCGGGGGUGUGGUGGAGAGCCAGGGUCUAUCAUUAUCGCUAUCAUCAUCACUGCAGCAAUUCGAGAUGCCGAAAGCCGAGGAGCUGAGGAUUCGAGAUGGGGUGCUGUAUAACUUCAACAAUCAAGCACAACAGCAGUACCACCACUUACAAGGUCAGGCUCACGGCCAGCUGGUGCACAUGGGGUACGGGACGAUGGGAGCGGUAAAUGUGCUCAGGAACUCCAGGUAUGCGAGGGCGGUUCGGGAGCUCUUGGAAGAGUUCUGCAGCAUUGGAAGGGGCCAAUUGAAGGGGAGUAGGAUAGGGAGAAAUCGCGGCAGCUCUUCAAACCCUAACCCUAGCCCAUGGGGUGGGGGAGGCGUUUCUAGCUCCGUCGCCGGGUCCUCUUCAUCUUCUAAGGACCUCCCUCCUUUGUCUCCUGCUGAUAGGUUUGAGCACCAGAGGAAGAAGGCCAAGCUCAUCUCCAUGCUUGAUGAGGUCGACAGAAGAUACAACAAUUACUGUGACCAGAUGCAGAUGGUGGUGAACUCCUUCGACUCAGUCAUGGGGUUUGGGGCUGCGUCACCAUACACUGCACUUGCCCAGAAGGCCAUGUCGCGCCAUUUCCGGUGUCUCAAGGAUGCAAUUGCUGCACAAUUGAAGCAGACAUGCGAGCUCUCGGCCGAGAAGGAAGCUGGGAGCAGCUCAGGCCUGACCAAGGGGGAGACCCCAAGGCUUCGGUUGGUAGACCAAAGCCUACGGCAACAAAAAGCUUUCCAGCAGAUGGGCAUGAUGGAACAGGAGGCUUGGAGGCCUCAGCGCGGCCUACCGGAACGCUCAGUGAAUGUUCUGAGAGCUUGGCUUUUUGAGCAUUUUCUUCACCCGUACCCAAGUGACGCAGAGCAUCUGUUGGCAAGGCAGACAGGUUUAUCAAGAAACCAGGUCUCCAACUGGUUUAUUAAUGCCAGGGUCAGACUAUGGAAGCCCAUGGUGGAGGAGAUGUAA